UUAUUUAUUAUGGCUCCUCGUUCUGCGGCUGCUUGAAAUGAGAUACAUUCCUCGAAAAUAACUGAAAACUCCUAAAAUUACGAGUAAGUGUACAAAUAGAUGUUUAGUCUGUGUAUACACGUUGGAGUUGAGGGUUAUUUUCACGGCGCACAUGGAAACCUGGCUCCAUUCUCUCUUUAUAGGCUUUUACGCCAUGUUUAGUGCGCUUUAUAUGAAUCCAAUAUGAAUGAUUUGGGAUUGACCCAGGUAGGAGGAAAUGCUCUAGCUAUAAAAUAUAACUGCUUUCACACUCUGAAACACAUUUGAUGAGACUUGUCCUUGACGGUGUUUUGCGACCUCUAGCGGUCAAUCGUUGAAUAGCAAAAACAGCGCCACUCCGGACGAUACCGUUUACAAAGAAAGGGGUUUCUUUAACAAGCAACAAAGAAAUAAUACAUUAUUAUCAUAAAAAAAAUGACAUGUUAUAUCUUUUAAGAAUUACGUGCAUGUUGGUGUUGUGUAUUUAUAAAAGAGAGGAGGUAUAAAACAUGAAGCUGCCGCGGUGUGGUCACCCCCCUAUAAGAACAGAGAUGGUAUGUACCCGGUAGUGUUGAAAGCUGAGCAGCUCGGUGCAGUUUGUUGUUGUUAGGGGAAUUUUUGUGUAGCAGUAAUUCUCUCCUCUCCGCCGCUUCCGGUGUAACGGUUAGAUAAGGAGUUCGGUUUCCUCCAUCUUUAUUAUUUUCAUUUGUAGUGAACCGGUAGGUUAUUUCCCUCCUCGUCCUCCCGCCAUGGCUCUGCGCGGCAGCGUCGGGGCCUCGGCGUUACCCAGCGAGCUAAUCGUUCACAUCUUCUCGUUCCUGUCGGAGCGGGACAAGCUGCGGGCCUCGGCCGUGUGCACGCGCUGGAGGGAGUGUCUGUUUUAUCCCGCACUGUGGAGCGAGCUCAAACUGCGCUUCGGUACCGGGAUCGGAACCGGAUCAGGACCGGGACAAGGAUCGGGAUCAGGAUCCGGACCGGAAGAGGACACCCCGAGGCUCCAGUUCCUCAUGCGACGGUUCGGCUCGUUCGUGCGCGAGCUGCAGCUGGAGUUCGGCCCGUUGGACGCGUGCGGAGAAGAACCGCAGAGUCACGAGCGCUGGAGAACCGCAACGCUCACCUACCUGCAGCACGCGCUGUGUGUGUUCAGCAACCUGAGGAACAACAGGAACCUGCAGAAGCUCAGUUUGUACGGAGACACCUUCGUUCUUCAGGACGAGGUUCAGCAGGACGGCUCUUACCUCAGCCAGGUCGACCGAGGAGGCAAGAAGAUCAAAGAGAUGCAGCAGCUUUUUAAGGAUUUCCUGUCGAACACGAGACAGUUGAAGUGGCUCUCCUGUUCCUUCAUGCCGGGCGUUUUAACCCCGCGCUCUCUGUCCUCGCUGUCCAACCUGAGUACUGAGACCCUGCAUCACCUGAGUCUCCUGGACCACCAGACCUCCAGCCUGCUGCUCUCCUCAGAGCUGCAGCGUCUCUCCAACCUGCGCUCGCUCUCCAUCGACUACUGCACCUUUUCCUCCUCCAUGUGCCAGCUGUUAGCCGACCCCAACCGAGCGCCGCUGUUGCGUUUAUCUCUGCUGCUCAACGGCACCGCCCUGGAGGCCGACUCUCUUGACUGCACCGCGUCCGAUUCGGACCUGACGGCUCUGACGAGGCGAAACGCAGACCUGCGCGUGUUCCUGAUGGCGCUGGAUGUGUGUGACGAAGUGCUGGAGAGGGUCCUGAAGCCCAGCCUGCCUCUGGAGCGGAUCCACGUGGACAGUUACAUCGCGCCGCUCAGAGACACCUUCCUCGAGCGCGUCUCACUCCAGUACCACAAAACCCUCACGCAUUUCGUCCUGACGAGAGACGACGGACGAUUCCCCGACCUCAGCGGAAACCGGAACGAGGACCCACUGGUGCUGCUGGCGUGGCGUUGUGUUCAUCUCUCUGUGCUCGUCAUCCACGGUUACACGCUGUGGUCUCACAACCUGGUGGCCAUCUCUCGGCUGCGUGGCUCGAGUCUGCGCGUCCUGGACGUUUUGGAGGAGGGCAUCGACUUCGACCCGGACCAGGCCCUGUUCUCUACGGGCGACCCGGUGCAGACGCUGGUGAAGGAGGUGUCGCAGGGUCUGGGCCGCGCCUGGCACCCGUCCAUCGCCACAGAGAACAGCGCCAUCAUCAGCGACCCCAUGCUGCACUUCCACCGUGAGAUGCAGAGCUUCAGCGAGAACGUCUAGAGUCUCUCUCUCUCUCUCUCUCUCUCUCCUUUUUUUUUUUUUUUUUUUUUUCUUCUUCUAGUGUGUGUCGAUUUGUUCUGCUGAUCACACCCACUGCGAGGUCCUCUACACUCUUCUACGUGCUCGUUUACAGAUGCGCGCCCACACACACACACACACACGUUCGUGUAGCGUGCACGUGUAUGUACGAGCUACACUUCCCUUUUUUUUUUUUUUUUUUCUUUCUUCUUUUCCCCCUCUUCUGUUUCUGUAUGUACCGCUGCUCUCACCUCCACUAUGAGGCAGUGAACGUGUCAAGUUUUAUUUAAUCCUUUCCUGCUUUUACGUUCACUUCUCUCUCUGUCUUUUCUUUCCCUCGCAGUGGGACUUAACGCUCUGUAUUUGUACGUAAUAUGCCAGUUACAUCUUUUUAUUUCUUUUUAUUUCCUGUGUGAAUGAAUCCUCUGUAUUUCCUCUGUAUGUGCCGUGUUUAACCAGUAUUAUUAGUGCUUAUAUAUUUAUAUCGGUCUAUAUAUCCUGCUUACGGAUAGCCGCCUAUAAGUUGGUAGCUCGCUGAUGAAUGGAUGCUAGAGAGGGGCUUUAUUAUUAUUAUUAUUAUUAUUAUUAUUAUUAUUAUUAUUACUUAACUGCUUCGUUCAUAAAAUCUCAAUCUGGAGUUACCUCAGACUAUCAGCUCCAUCACGAUCAGGCGAGACGAGUCUUCCAGCUGAGCGUGAGAAGCUGAGAGAUGAUUGGCUGGAACCUGGCAGCCUUCCACUUUGUUCAUCAGUUCCUGUUGGUUAGAUUUCUUGGUGGUGGUGAUGAUGAUGAUGAAGGUGGUGGUGUGUUUUUGUUUUGGAAGUGUACACUUUGGCUGAGCGUUUCCGAUUAUAGACGCUUCACGUAGAGUCCUUUAGCACAAUAUCGGGACUCUUGCUCUGUCUCAGGUAGGAGAACGGAGAUGAUGAUGAUGAUGAUGAUGAUGAUGAUGAUGAUGAUUAUUUCAGUUACUUUCAAUCGUUCUAGUCGGUUUGUUUUUAAUUGGAUUCUCCUCCCGAGAUCUCAGGUCACAGGAUCUCAGGAUCUCGAUACUUUUUCCUCUUUGGGCUGAGCUGUUUGUUGUUUGAGCUCUUCCAGUCUACACACGCUGUUUGUCUGUUGUUUUUUUAUUUUUUUUUAUUUUAUAUAUACAUAUAUAUUUUUAUGAGCUUUUCCUCUUUGCUAUUUUAAAGCUCGUACAGGGAAAUGGGGGGGGGAAACAGGAAAACAUCCUGCUUUGCGUUUAGUGUUCAAACGUGGACGUUGAACUCUUCCCAAAAGGUGCACUUUUUGAAAGUUUGGAACGAAAGGUCUAGACCGACGUCGUACGUGAAAGAUGGACGUGUUUGACCGUGCGCUGACGAGAUCUCGUGCUCUCCACGGGCAGCUCAGAUGGACGCAAAGCCAACACGUUUGGGGGGGGGGAAACGGCUGUCCGUACGAAUCGUGCUGCCAAAAAUGUUUAAGCGAUAACGAUAUCGCGUGAUGGAAAUAUCAUGACGCGUCGUAUAAUCGGUUAUCGGCACACACCUAGACGAAGAAGCCAUGCAGGAAAAACUCUUCUUUUUUUUUUUUUUUAUAUUUUGUUAUAGUGAUCGCAGUGUCUCGAGUGUGUAAGGCAGAAUAUCAGCCAAAACAAGGCAAAUCGCGCAGUGAGCCGCAUCAAGCACGUGCGUGCGUGUGUGUGUGUUUUUGGUUGCGCUUUGAUGAGUGUGCAUGAGAACGUGUGAGGAGGAACCGUUUUAAAACCCUGCAUGCCAAUUAGUGCGUGUUUACCUUUCUAUUUUAGUAUCAUACCAAAAACCUAGAGAAGUGUUCUAUAUUUGUACAUUUAUUUUUUUUCUUUCCUUUUUUUUUCCGUCUUCUUUCUUUCGUCGUUGUCAUACGAGUCCGAGGGAGAAGAAUGCUGAAAGCGCUAAGGCGUCUGUGCCGUGCCUAAAUCCAGACUAGCUAUCACGCUUGUGUUCGUGUGUAACGUGUUACUGACCUAGCGUAUUUAAAGCAUCUAUGGUGUGUGUGUGUGUGUGUGUGUGUGUGUGUGUGUGUGUGUGUGUGUGUGUGUGUGUGUGUGUGUGUGUGUGUCGGAGCAGGAGGAGCGAACCACUUUUUCUCAGCGGUGAACAGGAAACAGCCGUUCUCAGGGUGUGUGUGGGCAAAAGCGCAGGUUCAGCUCAGGCCUCUUUAACCGAGCCGAUUCAUCACGGCUCACGAUAUCCUCACGAUAUCACGUUAAGAAACUCUUUUAAGUGCGUCUCGUUCAGCCCGAAAAAGGACAAGACGGCCGUCCUCAUGUUAAUCAGAUGGAGUCUGUAAUUUGAAGAUCUCCGUGGUGGUGAUGUCAUGAGCAGAUGGGUAAGCUCUGCUAAAAUUAAAUGCGGAGAGGAGAAUGUAUCAUGAUGUAUCGUUGCAUCGAUUUAUCGGCGUCUACCUACGCAAAAAAAAAAAAAAAAAAAAAAACGACAAGAAAAGUGAGUCACUGGAAUUUCAUUUUGUCGGCUGCCAAAGAUCUGAGAGACGCCUCGGCUCGGUUCUCGAAUGAUUAUUUCCCGCCGCUCCGGGGCUUCGACUGCGGCGUGUUGGGGUACCGCAGCUGUGCUGUGGCGUUAUUAUUCCGGGUUAACACCAGUAGAUCUCUCGUAUAUAAAUGCACCUGUUUUCACUGUGAAGAGCGAAUGUACUUUAACCCGAGGUCUUUCUAUCAGACCUGCUAUAAGCUGCUAUGAGACGUGUAAGGAACAUUCCACUGGGGAGUCGAAAAAAAAAAAAAAAAAAACACGGCCAAAAUGUCUGCAUGAAAUACAGAUACCUUCCUUCGUUUUUCUUUUUUUUUUUUCCUUUUCUUUUUUUCUUUUCUUUUUUUUCUUUUUGAAUAAUUUUAUUUCCUCCCUUUGCUUUUAUUUGUGUUUGUUUUUUCCUGAUUCGGAUCCGAGAGUCAGCAGGCGAUUGGGAUCUAACAUAUACAGUAACGGUGCCUCCGUUUUUGCUACGUGGAAAGGAGAUUUGUUUUCUUCCUAGAGCAGUUAAUGGAUCUUUUUCAUUUCACUCGCAUGUGCUUGGGUGCGUAGUGACCUCACACCAGUCAGUGAGACAAGAACGAUAUAUAACGAUUAGGGAUGGGGGGGACCCUCUGUAACGGCUCUCGGCUGGUUUAACAUUUCAACCACAUCAAAACAAACUAUGCAAGUGGAAAUGCGUACGAUCCGUGCGAAGCAGACGAUCCAGUGGCUCUUAACCAUUUUUUUCUUUCUGUCACUUAAACGGAAACGUCACUCGCAAUUACACUUGGCCUUAUUCUUCUUCUUCUUCUUCUUCGUCUUCUUCUUAAUAUUAUGACUAUUAUUAUUGUUUUAAGAUCUCGAUUCUUCGGAAGCCGACUCCGUUCCGUGGGUUCAGACGUGGUCUCUGUGAGACUGGCCAGCAGGCCCCAGUUAUUAAUACGUGGUACGAAUGUUGUGCAUUUGUUUAAAAUCAGGAUAGUCUGCAAUAACGCAGUGGCCAUCAGUGGGGCGUGUGCAGUGCUAAGACCGCACUGCACUGCUUAUAAACGUCACGGCGAGGUAAAAUCACGCGGAUAGGUGUCGGGCGUGUGCAGUUUUAGACUUUAUAUCGCAAUAUUUCUGACUAAUCUACAAAGAAAAACUUCUUUUUUUUCCCCCCAUUUGAUCAAAAAUAUGAAACAAGAAGCAACUUUUAUGCCAGUCUUAAGUGUUAACGUUAGGGGCGGAGCUUCAGUUCAAUUUGAUCAUCCAAUCACAGACAAGGUCAUGUUAGAUCGCUAGCUUUUGUUUUCGUUUCCUCAGCGUAAAAAGUAAGACAGAGCUUACUUUAUGGCGCAGUACAAUAAUUUAUAGCAUUGUUAGCUAGUGUUACUGUCAUCUCUGUUGCUGUAGAGCUCAGAUAUUGCAUAGCUAGCUAAAAUUUACAUAAACUAUUUUUAUUGUAAUAUAAAACUGGUAUAUGCGCUGUCUAGCAAGUUAGCUAAUGUUAAUUAGGCUGUUUAUUGUGUAGAAACCAGUAGACUUUUCUUUUUUUUUUUUUUUUUUUUUUUUUUUUUUUUUUUUUUUCCUCUAGAAAGCUAAUAACUAUGAGCUAAAUUACCUAGCUUGUGUUAGGUGAACUGUCAUAUUGUGUAAUUGCAAUCUGUAAAUUAUGCUAAAGCACUACGUCAAAGAAAUGCAAAAUUAUGCGAUUGGUUGAUCAGUAAGCUCUGCUCUUGUCGACUGAGAAACAUUGGCACGGUGAGGACAUUUCAAAACUUUAUCUCUCAUUUUGAGUAUUGCGAUAUAACGCUAAUCGACACACGCCUCAUGGGUAUGUGUGUGUGUAUAUAUAAAUAUAUAUUUCACAAUAUGUACCUCAAUGCCACAUCUAAUAUAAAUCUGUGUGUCCGGGUUCUGUUUAUGAACAUGGAGAACGUUUAUAAGCGUCGUUUUUGUUUUUGCAACAAAAAAAUAAUGUAAGAAAAACUGGUUUUACCAUCUUAAAGAAGUGUAAUAUUUGGGCAGGUGUGUUGUGUCUGCUCUUUUGUCUCCAGUGAGCACAUAGCAUUGGAUUUUAUAUGUACAUCUCCAAACAGGAAGUCCUCUGGCACACGGGGUGAACAUGCCAGGCAGUGAGGGAUUUUAAUCGUGUACAGAAAGAGAUCUGAGAUCUGUUUCACCGUAAAAAGGAAGGAAAAAAACCUACGAUCCAAACAAACCGUAACAGACGUGUUGGAGAAAACCAGCAUGAUUGUUGAUUUGAAUCAAUGUGGAAUGAAUGCAAUUUCUUUUAAUCGGUAAAUAAAAGUGAUUAAAAAAGA